GACGCUGCGAGACCGGGGCGAGCCGGGCGCCCGCGCGGCGGGGACGGCCCGCGCCCAACAUGCGGAGGCCGGCGGCGGCGCGGGAGCGGGAGCGGGGACCCAAGCGGGCGCCGGAGCCAGAGCCGGAGCGCGAACAGGGUCCGGAGCGGGGGUCCGCGCAGCGCUGCUGAGGGAGCCCGAGCCGCCCAGUCCGGCCGCGGGGCCACGGUCGCGGCAGAGGCUGUCAGGCGAGAGCCACGAGAUUUGAGCCCCCGGGACCCGUCAGCAGCAUGAGUCCUCCCCCCGUGUGCGACCCGGAGGCCACCGAGAUGAGCGCUGCGGCCGGGCCCUCGCGCGCGCCCGUGUCCCACUAGCCGGAGCGCGCCAGGCGCCAUGGGGUGUUAGCCCCGAAGAGCCGCCGCGACCGCAGGUCUCCGUGGAGCCGGAUUUGCACGGCAGCUGAGUCACCGUGGAGAGGCCAGGGUACCACAAACUUAUGGAUUUUGACAAGAAAGGAGGGAAAGGGGAGUCGGAGGAGGGCCGGAGAAUGUCCAAGGCCGCCGGUCGGGCCAGCCACAGCGUCCGCAGCUCGGGGACCAGCUCGGGGGUCCUGAUGGUGGGCCCCAACUUCCGGGUCGGGAAGAAGAUAGGCUGUGGCAACUUCGGGGAGCUCCGGCUAGGAAAGAAUCUCUAUACAAAUGAAUACGUAGCUAUCAAAUUGGAGCCCAUCAAGUCCCGGGCGCCGCAGCUGCACCUGGAGUACCGCUUCUACAAGCAGCUCAGCGCCGCAGAGGGCGUCCCUCAGGUCUACUACUUCGGCCCGUGUGGGAAGUACAACGCCAUGGUGCUGGAGCUGCUCGGGCCUAGCCUAGAGGACCUGUUCGACUUGUGCGACCGCACGUUCACGCUCAAGACGGUGCUCAUGAUAGCCAUCCAGCUGAUCACGCGCAUGGAGUAUGUGCACACCAAGAGCCUCAUCUAUCGCGAUGUGAAGCCGGAGAACUUCCUAGUGGGGCGGCCGGGCACGAAGCGGCAGCACGCCAUCCACAUCAUCGACUUCGGCUUGGCCAAGGAGUACAUCGACCCCGAGACCAAGAAGCACAUCCCGUACCGCGAGCACAAGAGCCUGACAGGCACGGCACGCUACAUGAGCAUCAACACGCACCUGGGCAAGGAGCAGAGUCGCCGUGAUGACCUGGAGGCGCUGGGCCACAUGUUCAUGUACUUUCUGCGCGGCAGCCUGCCCUGGCAGGGGCUCAAGGCUGACACGCUCAAGGAACGCUACCAGAAGAUCGGGGACACCAAGCGGGCCACGCCCAUCGAGGUGCUUUGUGAGAGCUUCCCAGAGGAGAUGGCCACCUAUCUGCGCUACGUGCGGCGCCUAGACUUCUUUGAGAAGCCGGACUACGACUACCUGCGCAAGCUCUUCACCGAUCUCUUCGACCGCAGCGGCUUCGUGUUUGACUACGAGUACGACUGGGCCGGGAAGCCCCUGCCCACGCCCAUCGGCACGGCUCACUCUGACCUGCCCGCGCAGCCUCAGGUUCGAGAGAAAGCCUUGCUCUACAGCAAAAACCAGGCACUUAACUCCACCAACGGGGAGCUGAAUGCCGACGACCCCACCGCCGGGCACUCCAACGCCCCCAUCACAGCCCCUGCAGAGGUGGAGGUGGCUGACGACACAAAGUGCUGCUGUUUCUUCAAAAGGAGAAAGAGAAAAUCGCUACAGCGACACAAGUGACCCCAGGGCAGUGACCCCCGAAUCCUUCCGCUGCAGCCCCCCGGGGCCAGCUUGUCCACGGCCUCGUUGGCCACAGCCGGACGCAGACUGCAGGCCGGCAGCGCUGCCGCCCCCGCGCGGGGUCACGACCCUCACAUAAGACUUGGGCCGAGAUUUCUACACCUGUGUCUAGUCCUCCCCUCCGAGAGCAUUAACUAUUUAAAACAAGGAAAAGAGAAACCACAGCGGCUGCCCUGCCCUGCGCCCCCGCCCGCGUCUGCUGAGUGAGUAGAGCGGCCGCCGGCACCACCGCCCGCCCGUUAGUGUCAUAAAGUCCAGCUUGUCUCCCUCGAUCCAAAGGCCGUUUUCUCGAGGGGGCGCUGCGGGGCGUUGCUGCCGGGGGUGAGCCCACCCUGGGCCUCCCCAGACUGGAGGGGAAGGCGGGGUGGGGGCGGCCCCCAACCAAAAUGCUGCACCAAAGCCUGGGCCGGCAGGCGCGGCCCUCAGGGGUCCUGGCACCUGUCGGUGGAGCCGCCGGCCUCAACUUGGGCUGGGGGCAGCCACCUCGAGGCCCGUGGGCGGCGCGUGUGCGGGCUUUUUGUGUCGCUCCGCGCUGCCGGCCGAGCCUGGAGACAAGCGCCUUAAAGCCCGUCUGAGCCCCGCAGGUGUGUGUGGAGCGGGCAGCCCCGUCAGUGCGGUCCCAGUGGUCCCCUGGGGCUGCGAGCUGCGGGCAGAGCAGCUGGGGCGUCUUCGCGGUGCGUGCGUCUAGGUCUGGCUUUACAAAGUGUACAGAAAUGGCACUUCCGUUUCUCUGAUGCUUCCUGGAAGCCAUAGAACUUAGGGGCUUUUUUAAAAAAAAUAAAGGAAAAUGAAACCAA